AUGGCCGCCGCGGGGGGUUCCUCGCGAGGCGCCGCGGCUCUUGCCUCGGAGCUCUAUGAGAAAUGUCGCAGCAAAUACUCGGAAGACCAUCUCAUCUAUCAGCAGGAUCUUCUGAGUUUGGGGGUGAUCCCGAAUAAUGACUUGAACCUCUUGUUGGAAUGCACCCAGUCGCUGGUCGACCAGAAACUGUUCCGUACACACCAGGACAAGGAUGAUCGUUUGGCAUGGAAACUCAUCUCCCAGAAGGAUGCUGAAAGACUUCAAAACCUCAGUCCCAACGAGAGUCUGAUCUACGAUGUUAUCCACUCCACCGGUCGUGCGGGCAUUUGGAUCCGUCCUCUCAAGGCUCGCACAAAUCUCCACAAAUCAAUUAUAGACCGCUGUCUCAAGUCACUGGAAAGCAAGAACUAUAUCAAGUCCGUUCAAAAUGUCAGGUUCCCAGGCAGGAAGGUUUACAUGUUGGCUGAACUUACACCGAGUGAAGAUGUGACGGGAGGCGCAUGGUUCACCGAUGGCGUAUUGGACGCCGAAUUCAUCAAUGUUUUGUCGGAUUUUAUCGAGCACUAUGUCAGCAAAAGGAGCUGGUAUGAGGUUCCCACCUCCCGCACAGACAAACAUCACGCCAAACGUCAGAAAGUCAGCGGCGGUGACGUUAAGUCCGACUCGGAGAAACAGUAUCUUCCCUUCCCGGCCGGAUACCAGCACUACCCAACAGUCAAAGACAUCACGGCCGAAGUGAACAAGGUCGGUAUUACGCCUGUGACCCUAAACGAUGAGAGCGUUGCGCAGCUGCUCGACAUGCUCUGCUACGAUAACAAACUGGUCGCGUUGAAUAAUGGCCUAAAUUAUAAGGCUGUCAAAAAACCAAACAAUGUCAGACUGGCUUCAAAGACGCGUGGGGAAGGGGAUACCGCCGUGGCGAACGAACAAUUUGAAGCUUGGCUCGGCAGGAAUGGCAUGGUUGAGGCGCCGUGUGGACAGUGUCCCGUGUUCAAACUGUGUCAACCCGGCGGAGCCGUCAGUCCAGAGAAUUGCGAAUACUUUGAUUCCUGGCUAGAAAAAGCGCUUGGUUUUUGA